AUGUCUGACGCCGACGGAUUCGAGGUUGUCCAGCACGAGGAGGCUCCUGCUCCCAAGCCCGCCGAGCCCGCCAACGAGCCUGCGCUCAAGCCCAAGGCCCCUUCUGCCACCAAUGGCACCAAGACAGAGGGCACCCCGACCGGCGUCAAAAAGCCAGCGACCGCGUCCUCCACGACGACCGCGCGACGACCAGGCGUAGUCUCCGGCAAUGCCACGAAGCCGGCCGCUGCUCCCGCCGGCCGGACGAGCACAGCUGGCACCGGCGGUCUGAGCAAGCCGCCUACCCGACCGGCUGCGGGCUCGACCGUCGUGAAGCGGCCCGCGGGAACUAGCUCAACCGCUACGCACCGGACGCAGCCGUCCGUUUCGGAGGAUGACAAGAAGCGCACCUCCACCGUGGGCACCACCGGGACUGCUCGCCGGACCUCGACUCUCACCAGCAGCACCUCGUCGCCAUCCAAGACUACGACGGCAGAGAAGAAGCCAGUGGCUGGCACGACCGCGGUUCGCAAGCCCGUCACGUCCUCGACCAGCACCGCCUCACCCCGAACUACGACCUCUGCCACCCGGGCCGCGACCUCCAGCGCCCCCACCGGCUCAGCUACAACACGCACGGCGACGAGACCCGCUCCUACCGGUGCCGUGGCGGAGGCGAAGAAACGGCUCUCAACCGCGGCCACUGGCGCCCCCAGCAGCACGACCGCCGCCCGACAUGCGCCGCGCGCAUCGAUGCAGAGCACGACGUCCAGCGCCAGCGCUGCCGCCGCCGCCGAGAGAGAAAUCGAGGAGCUCAAGACGAAGCUCACGGAGAGCGAGACAGAGAUCUCCUCGCUGAAGGAGCAAAUUACGUCGUCCCAGGAGAAGGUGACGGAACUCGGCGAGAAGAUAUCGCACGGCGAGGAGGGCCGUCAGGGCGCCGAGGAAAGCAUCCGCAAGGAGCUGGGCGAUGAGCUCGAGAGUCUGAAGGCCAAGCAUCAGUCUGAGUUGGAGGGUCUCGAGAGCCAGCUCGCUGAGGCGCAGGCUAAGCUCAAGGAGGCCGAGGAGCAGCUCGAGAAGCAGAAGGCUGAUCUCGAGUCCCUGGCUGCUUCCAAGGAACUCACUGAUGCCGAGAUCGCAUCGCUUAAGCAGACCCUGGAGACGCUCCAGGCCGAGCACCACGCGAAGCUAAACGAGAGCGAGGCUGGCCUCACUAAGGCCACUGAGGAGCAUGCUGCUAAGCUAGAGGCUCUGCAGACGUCUCUGGUUGACCAGCACAAGGCUGCCAUUGCCGCGCUCGAGGCCAAGCACGCUGAGGAGCUCGAGAAGGGCCAGGCCGCAUCUUCUGACCACGCGAAGGCCCUGGCUGACCAGAAGGCCAACCACGAGUCUGCCAUUGGCGACUUGCAGAAGAAGAUCGAUGAGCUUACGGACUCGCAAGCGACUCUCGAGACCGCCCACGAGGCGAAGCUCGCACAGGAGAGCGAGGCCAGCACGGCCAAGCUAUCUGCCCUAGAGGCUGACAUCACCGACCUGAAGACACAGCUAGAAGAGGCUCAAAGGAACGCGAAGACCGCCGAGACCGAGCUGGACGCCAAGACCACGCAAUUGAGCGGAUUGGAGGCUCGACUUGCCGAUAUCGAGGCUGAGCUCAAGUCGGCAAAGGAGGAGGCCAGCAAGGCCAAGGAGGCGCUGGCUGCUCUCGAGGAGGACAACAAGAGCAAGGACGCUGCCCUGGCCGCCCUGAAGCACGAGCACGCCACGGUCGAGGACAAGCACAGGAAAGAGCUGGAGCAGAUCUCGAAAGACUAUGAGGAGGAGAUCAACAGCCUUGCUGGCGACGCCAUGUACAAGCGCAAAUUCCACGACCUGGAGGAGAAGCACAAGGAGCUGAGCACGACGCACGACGAGGCUAUUUCCGGCCACGCGAAGGCGCUAGAGGCGGCCACGGCUGAGUUCUCUGCUGCGAAGGCGGCUUUGGAGGCCGAACAGGCCGAGCAUCAGAAGGCGCUUGACGCCAUCCGCGCGAGCCACGCCGAGGAGCUGGAGGGUGCUAAGAGCAACAUCUCUGCUGCCAGGGAAACUCACGUCACUGAACUAGAGGCGCUGAAGGCCACUCACUCUAAGGAGGUUGAGAUAUUGAAGACCGAAAGCCAGGCUUCUCUUGCUAAGGAUUUGGAGUCUCUGAAGGCGUCUCAUGCCGAUAUUCUGGACGCUCUGAAAGACGAGGCCGAGGCCGAGAAGCAGCAGCUCCUUGCUAGCCAUGAGAAGGAGCUUGCUGCUCUGAAGUCCGCCGGCGAGGGCGCCAGUGCCGCUCAGCUGGAGGAGUUGAAGAAGGAGCUCUCAGCAAAACAUGCUGCUGAGGUUGACCAGCUCAAGGCCGAGCUCGAGGCUGCUUCAAGCCUGAAGAGUGAUCUGGAGGCGGCUCAGGCUAAGCUGACAGAAGCAGAGGCCAGCCACGCAUCUGCAUUGGCUGCGGCUAAGAAUGAGCUCGAAUCGGGCCACUCUGCUGAGGUCGAGAAGCUGAUCACCAUGCACGCCGAAGCCAUUGACGCUCUCAAGAAGGAGAGUGCCAGCAGUGCUCAGGCCGAGCUGGAGUCUCUGAAGUCUGCUCACGAGGCUGCUAUCUCAGAGCUGAAGGCCAGUGGCUCUUCCGCUGCUGAUGAGCUCGCCCAGCUCACUGCCGCAAAGGCCGAGCUCGAGAGCGCAACUGAAGCCAUCAAGGCAGAGCUGGAAAAGGCGCAAGAAGAAAUCACAAACCUCGGCCAGAGGCUGGCCCAUGAGACGAUGGAGAAGUUUGAGGCCCAGGCUGAGCUCGAUGCGGCCAAGAACAAGAAGCCCGAUACUUCAGAGCUGGAUGCUCUCAAGGCUGAGCUCGCUGCGUUGAAGAAGUCACAUGAGGAGGAUAUUGCCGCCGCUGAGUCCAAGUCAUCGAAGGCUGCUGAGGAGCUCGCUGCUCUGAAGAAGGCCCACGAGGACGCCUUGUUUGCAGCCAAGUCCAAGUCAGCUCAAGUCUCUGAGGAACUCACCACAGUCCAGGAGGAUCUCGAGUUUGCCCGCAAGGAGCUCGAGGCCCACAAACUCGACGCUGUUGCCAAGCAGAAGACUUCCGAGGCUGAUUACAAGGACAUGCACGACUCCAUGACUGAACUGGUUGCCGAGGCCACUAAGAAGGCCGAGUCCGCCGAGUCCAAGAUCGAGGAGCUGCUUGCCCAACUGAAGGUGAAGGAUGCUGAGAUCGCUGAGGCUAAGGCUCAGGCAGCACCCGCUACACCAACAAAGAGCGGUCUUGCAGCCAGCCGAUUCGCCGACGACGACGAGGCCCCCGCCGCGGACAAGGAAGAGGCGACGGCGGAAGCUAGCUAA